AUGGCUACUAAGUCGGUGGGGGAAGCCAACUCGUCAGCGACAUUACAAUCGUCUUCUCAUACGAUUGAAAGUGAGAAGAGCACAAGUGGCAGCGACAAAUCAAACGAGGACAAAGUUGAACAAAAGGAAAAGGACCAUGACCUUACUAAAGACAACUCUGCGUCUCCAAUCGACCUGGAAUGCCACAUCCAAGCAGAGAGGAUCACGAAGAUCCUGGACGAGGCUCUGUACAAGACGAAGUUAGCCAUCUGCUUACCGAAGAUGGUGCAACACUACCGGGUACUCAGCAACCGACUGAGUCCUCAGCACAUGGACGACCUGAUCUUCAUAUUUGAACAGUAUGAGAACCCACUGUUCUCUGCCAGCUUGCUCAAUAUGGCAGCUAUGGAUGAUAUCAAAGCUGGUGACACCUCUCUGAAGAAUCGCCUGAAUCCAGAAUUGGGUCAUCUCUUGUAUAUUAUGAAUAGUUACCCUUCGCUGGCUGUAAAUGUUGAAGAGAUAAUUGCACAGUGUCUUUUUGGUUUUGCACAGGAUAAAUCCCCGAUAGCAUGCUUGGAGUACCUGCUGGGAUUUGAGCGGUUCCGCGAGCUGAUGAUAAAGCAGAUGGCGACCACAGCGGCCGAGGAGCUGACAGAGAAGCUCAAAGUCAAGAAGCUGGAAGACUCUAAUGAGAAGCUCACGACUAGGAUACACGAGUUGACGGAGACAAUAAGAACGGAGCAAGAGCACUUCGAGAAGACGAUGAGCGCCAAAACGGAGCUGAUAGCCAAGUUGGAACAGGAGCUGCAGUUCCUCAACCACGCGACCAGCGUCAAACUGAAGAAAAAAGUCCUGGACUCAGACCGUCAAAUGGUACUCAUGUCGCGUACGCAUGCGAUUAAAAACGAGAUGCUCAAAGAAGAAGAAGUCGAGACGAGAGAAGGUUACGACCAUCUGCUGAACACCCAUCUGAUUGAUGAAAAGAACCAACGAGCUCGUAGGUUCAAAGUGGAGACUCAACUGCUAUCGUGGUUGUCGAAGUACGACAAUGAAAUGACGGACAAACAGUUUGAGCUGGAUGAACUCGAGAGGAAAUAUGAAGAGGAGGUGAAGAAAUGUGAGGAGCUUGAGGAAAGACUGGCAGAGCAAGACAAAGAAUACAUUCCGCUGAUGAAGGAAAGAGAGGACGAGUAUCAUGCAGAGAUGACAGCGAAGAUGAACGCUUUCCUUCUAGAACACGCGGCAAAGGUCAUCCAGACGGCCUGGAGAGACGUGUUGGCAAACCGCGCCGAGAAGAGAAAGCUAAAGAAACUCUGGAAGCAAGUGAAGGCACAACGCGAUGCCGCGGAAAGGAAGAAAGAGAGGGAAGAGAAAGCUGCUCAGAAGGCUGCUGCCAAGGCCGCGGCGAAGGAAAAAGCUGCUGCCAAAAAGAAGAAAUAAGUCUGUUCUUCUUUGAAUCGACUGUAAACAAAAAGCACCACAGGAGUAGAUAUUGAAUGAGAAAGCGAAUAAUCGGGUAUAGAAAUGAAUGUACGGUCGCGAGUACUAAUAUGUA